UUAAUAAAGUGUUAAAUCCAAAUUGAAAUGCAUCUUCUCCCCAAAUAAAACUUCCCCCAUUGGAUUUGUAACUAGUAAUGAAUCGUUGACUUUACAAACAAUCAAAAUCUGAUGAAUUCCACGACCGACUCCGGCGGGUUCCUCGGGUCGGAGAGCAUCGGCGGGUUCGGGUACGGCAUCGGCGUGUCCGUUGGCAUCCUCCUCCUCAUCACCACCAUCACCCUCGCCUCCUAUUACUGCACCCGCAACACCAGCACAGCCCCCGCCAUGCUCCUCCCCCAGGCCCAGCGCCACGAUCCCGGGGCCCUGGCGGGGGAGGGCGGGCUCGACGAGGCCACCCUCACCGCAUACCCGAAGCUGCUCUACUCAAAGGUGAAGAAGCACAAGGACUCUAGUACGGCCGCCUGCUGCUCCAUCUGCCUCGCCGAUUACAAGCCCACCGACAUGCUUAGGCCUCUUCCCGACUGCGGCCAUUUCUUCCACCUCAGGUGCGUCGAUCCGUGGCUGCGCCUCCACCCCACCUGCCCCCUCUGCCGCACCUCCCCGCUCUCCACGCCGCUCGCGGAGGUGGUGCCGCUCGCCACCAGACCCGGUGGAUGAAUUCAAUUCAAUUCAAUUCAAUUUCAACAUAUCAUAAUUAGUUAAUUACUAUUACUGCUUCAAUUAUAGAUUUCCAUCACAUUUUUCGGUUUCAUAUAUACACGAUUUUUGUUCUCGCUACA